AUGUGGAGACAAUUUUUGUUCCUCUUGACACUAGGUGUUUCCCUGGGUGCUAAACUUUCAGACUUAGUCACGAAUCUUCCUGGCUUACCUGAUACUCCAAAUUUUGCAAUUUAUUCUGGCUAUCUCAGCAUUCCUAAUUCCAAUGGUAAAAUGCUUCACUACAUCAUGGUUGAAAGCCAAAAUAACCCAUCUACCGACCCACUUAUAUUAUGGCUUAAUGGAGGUCCAGGCUGUUCUUCAAUGGAUGGUCUUUUUUACGAGCACGGCCCAUACAUUUUCCCAGCAACUUCAACUACUUUGGUAAGAAAUCAGCAUGCCUGGAACACCAAUGCAACAGUCAUUUACAUCGACUCGCCAGCUGGAGUUGGCUUUUCUGUCUUAGGAGCUGCAGCAAAUAACCAAACCAACGACCUAAUCACAGCCCACGACACUUUGCAAGCGCUUUUGCAGUUUUUCGUUGAAUUUCCUGAGUAUAGAAAGAACGACUUUUAUGUCUCCGGAGAAAGCUAUGCCGGUAUAUAUGUCCCAACCUUGGUUUAUAACAUUUUGAUGCACAAUACCUAUACCCCUUACCAAAGCAUCAAUCUUGUAGGAAUGAUGGUGGGAAAUGGAUGCACAGACUGGAACGUGGACACCACCCCAGCAUUCGUAGAAAUGGCAUGGAGUCAUAUUCUUUUGGGAGGAUCUUGGUAUACGAAGUUACCUUAUGAUUGUGAGAACUGGGAUAAUUUCAAUGGGGAAGCUUGUGAUAAUGAUAUUGACUAUACCGUAGGGACCUUAUUACAGAAUGUCAAUGUUUAUGAUAUUUAUGGAGAAUGCAUUCAGCAUACUGGAGAAACUCACUUUGAAGACAACCAAGGGAAGUUAAGAUUUUUAAGAGACUCAGGGAUGCUAGGGAUUAUCCCACCAUGCGCAGCUUGGGUUGGAACUUAUACAUACCUAAGGAAUGCUCAGGUUUUGAACGCCCUGCAUAUUAACACCACUUUAUCAAACCCAUGGUCACUGUGCUCAACUAUUGAUUAUCAAUCUGAUUACUUGCACGGCUCAAUUUACACCUACCCAUACAUCAUCCGCAGCGGCAUCAAAAUCCUUGUAUACUCAGGUGACACUGAUGGAGCAGUCCCUACAAUUGGAACAAGGCAAUGGAUCAACAGUCUUAACUUAGGCUACCAGCAGCAGUACUCUCAAUGGUACGUCGACGACCAAGUUGCAGGGUGGUAUGAAAUUUACAAUGGGCUUACAUUUGUAACUGUGAGAGGAGCAGGCCAUAUGGUCCCAGAGUUUAAGCCAGCUCAAGCUCACCAUAUGUUGCUAGCUUUUCUUAAUAAUCAAAAGCCUUAG